GACGCCCAAGAUCCAGUGUGUUUCAGACAGCCAUGGGCAUGGAGGUCCACAGGCACCACUCUCACCACUGAGGGGACAUCAUCACUACAGGGGAUCACCACCAAACAAUCCGGAUUACAUGACCACAACAUACAGAACAGCAGCUGCAUAGUUCGGAUGAAAUCGAUUUGAUCUCGUAUUCUGACAAAGAAAGGGAACUGAACGGAUUACGCAGAGUUAGCUGUUUUUGCACAAGCUCCAGGCUGAUUCCCAGCACCUCUUUCACAGUUUGAACACUUCUGUGUGUUUUCACACUCUUCCAGCCUUCCUUUUCACAGCUUUACACCACCAUACUCUUUCACAAUGGUUGUGGGUAAGAUGAAGCUCACUUUUCAGAAGAGGGUGAAGCUGGCCCAGGGUUUAUGGAUGCUCUCGUGGUUUGCAACUCUGGGUGGAGCCGUCACCUUCGCUUUAGGAUGCUUCCUAAAGACUGAGCUUCGAAGGAGGGGAGAGGUGAUGGACAACACAGACAUCCACUGUGUGCCCAACACUUUGAUGAUCGUGGGUCUGGCUUCAAUGGGUAUCAAUUACUUUGCCAGUCGAAUCUGCCAGGAUGCCCUGGACCCCGGCCGGUUCCCGCGAUGGAAGACCUUCCUGAAGCCCUUUUACGGAUGCUCGGUCUUCUUCACCACGCUCAUGCUGAUUUCAGUCAUCCUGAGCUACGUCAUGAAGGGCAGCCUGGAGACCUCGCUGAAGAUCGGCCUGAAGAACGGCAUCCGCUUCUACAAGGACACCGACACCCCCGGACGCUGCUUCCAGAAGCAGACCAUCGAUCGCCUGCAGAUGGAGUUCCAGUGCUGCGGGAACAGCAACUACAGGGACUGGUUCGAGGUGCAGUGGAUCAGCAACCGUUACCUGGACUUCAGCUCGAAGGAGGUCAAGGACCGCAUUAAGAGCAAUGUGGACGGCCGUUACUUGAUUGACAGUGUGCCCUUCAGCUGCUGUAACCCUAGCUCUCCCAGACCCUGUAUCCAGUACAGAAUCACCAACAACACGGCCCACUACAACUACGAGCACCAGACCGACGAGCUCAACCUCUUCAUUCACGGCUGCAGAGAAGCCCUGGUCAACUAUUACAUGGGGCUGAUGAACGCCAUUGGAGCCGUGGUUCUGUCCGUCUUUCUGCUUCAGUGCUCAGUGUUGGCCAGUGUGCGUCUCCUGCAGACGUCUAUGGAGGCCGUGGCUGGACAGGAGAAUGUGGAGGUGGACAGCGAGGGCUACUUGCUUGAGAAGGGAGUGAAGGAGACCUUCAUGGAGUAUGUGGAUCCUGUGCUGAAGCUCCUGUGGCUGAACGAGGUGACCCCCGCCGAAGCCAAAGCGGAAGCAGGGACCAGCUAAAGAGAUGAAGAGUCAGAACGAGGGAUGACAACUUAUCCAAUAAUUCAUUUUUAUAUAUCAGUUUUAAUGACAAGAGUUGAGUACAUCAUUAAUACACUUAAACAGUAGCCACACUUCACCCAAUUUAAUUAGAAAUCUUCUGAAUGAUGAAGGGAUCCACUGUCAUUUCUGCAGCACCGUACUCCUCACUUAGCAGUGUGCUUAACUUUCCUCUCUGAACGGUUGAAUAUUUGAGUGAGGGUGCUGUUUCUUACAGAAAGAUCUAUUAUAAUUCUUCCCUAUUUCUUUACAAACUAUAGCCUUAUUUGUAGUACCACUGCUAUGGAUGCUUGACAGGAAUAACAGAAAGAUGCAAAUCAAUAAUACCCUUGUGAAAAAGAACUGCACUUAUCUGAAGUGAAGGUGAACUUGUAGUGUACAUUCUGAAAAAAUACCUGUAAAAAUCUGUAAAAAUAAUCUGUAAAAAUCUGAUUUUUUUUUUUUUUUUACAUAAAUGCAAACAAUAACAGACUUUAAUUUAAAUGCAAAUAACAUGCAGUUAGGUAUCCAAAAACAUUAGAUUCUCUUUGCAGUAAAGUAUAUUAUUUCUGUGAUCCUCUUAUUAUAAGUAUGCUGAAGUGAACUUCUUUUUCUCAAGGGUAAGCCCCUUCAUCACAUCUUACACUGUGUGUUACUACACAGGCUAUAUAUGAAGUAUGAAGUAUGUUCUAAUAGGAUUGUAUUUCCGCUUGCAGUGUGGACAAGCAAACUAUCUGAUACUGGAAAUCAUUAUUUAAUAAUAUUAUGAUAAAUUGGAAGUAAAUUAUUGUUAAAUAUCAAUUAUUAUUUGCUCAUCCAGUGUUACUUGCAUGUUGUAAACAUAAAUACUUAACUGUCAUUAAGUCAUUUGUUGGUUUGUUUUGCAUUCAGCAUGGAAUUAAAAGCAUUGUAAGUGUAGAUGAUGCUCAACGCUCUGCUAUGAAACACUACUGCACUCGAAUCUGUCCAGUCUAAUAAAUUCUGACAUUUUGAACCGC